UUUAUGUAAAUGGUGGCAAAUUAGUUUUAUAAUAGUUAGAAAUUGAUCUGAUUCAAAUAAACAUGAUGAAAAGUGACAAUGAGUAACAACUAUGUAAUUUUGAGUAAAGAGUUGUGGUUUUUAAGUUGAUUUACAGUUGUAUAAUCAUUUAAUAAUAGUUUAAUUGUAUUUUUUGCAGGAAUUUAUUUUAGAAAAGAGAAAGGAUAAAAUAGUUUGAGAAAUGGUUAGUUUCUGAAAUAUUUGUUGAAGUUUCUUAAUAGUUUUAUUCUCGUUUCUUUAUAGUUUAUUAACAACAAAUAAAAAAUGGCAAAAGCAGGAAUCAGGACAGGAAAUACAAUACUUGAACAAAGGAACAGAGAUAGAAGAAACGAAAGACAUUCCAUUCCUAGUCUUCUACAAUGGACAAUUCGAUGAUCGAAUGAAUUAUGAAAAUUAUGAAGCCAGUGGACAUUACAUUUCAGCCAAUUGUAACUAUGAAGAUUUGCAACAAAAACUCAAAGAUGUCCUGGAGUGCAACCAAGAAAAUACUGUUUUGCAACUGAAAUAUCAAGUGAAGGAAGGAUACCAACCAUUGAGGAUAAAGAAUGAUCAAAGCCUGCAUUUCUACAUACAACUCAAACUGAAGGACCCCGACUUCACAACAUACUCAUUGUGUAUGAAUGUCAUCCACAACCCAACAACAACCAUCAAUGCAUCAUUCUUGGGAAAUGACAAUUCAUUAAUUACACAUACAAGCACCUUCGAACCGAUCGAAUACAAUGCAGCAACAGCAGAAGACUCAACAAAUCAACAACAUACAAUUGAAGCUACAGUACCGGAAUAUGGGGGAAAAAAUUUUGACUUCAUGGACUAUGCAAAACUUGUGGCAGAGGAGAUGGUUGAGCAACUGGAAAACAACAAAAACAAGGAACCAGAAAUCACAGAUUAUGACGAACUACUAAUCACAGAUCCGCAACAUCCUGAAAUAGAAGAAGCACAAAUAUACAAAGACAAAGAAACACUGCAGAGUGUGCUUGGUUUCUAUGCAAUUAGGAACAACUUCCAAUUCAGAGUGAAAAAAUCAUGUGCAAGAACAACAAGAUUUGUUGUUUGGAUCCAAAAUGCAAGUGGGCACUAACGGCAUCCAGAAACGGGCCAACAAAGUCAUUCAUCAUUCAAAAGUACGACAGAAAGGUGAUACACACUUGUGAUCUAAACAUAAGAUUUGCCGACAAAAGACAAGCUACAACAAAAUUGAUUGGAAACUACAUCAAGCCACGGUUUACCAACAUAAAAACAACUUAAACGCCACAAGACAUCAGA